AUGGAGUCUGGUGGCUUUGGCGGCGUGGGGAUUAGAGGGUCGCGCCCCUUGUCUAGCCCAGGGGCAAUCAACUCCCCUUGUUCUAUCAGAGUCUACUCCCCUAGUUCUAUCAGAGUCUACUCCCCUAGUUCUAUCAGAGUCUACUCCCCUAGUUCUAUCAGGGUCAGCUCCCCUUGUUCUAUCAGAGUCUACUCCCCUAGUUCUAUCAGGGUCAGCUCCCCUUGUUCUAUCAGAGUCUACUCCCCUAGUUCUAUCAGAGUCUACUCCCCUAGUUCUAUCAGAGUCUACUCCCCUAGUUCUAUCAGGGUCAGCUCCCCUUGUUCUAUCAGAGUCUACUCCCCUAGUUCUAUCAGGUUCUAUCAGUCUACUCCCCUAGUUCUAUCAGAGUCAACUCCCCUUGUUCUAUCAGAGUCAACUCCCCUAGUUCUAUCAGUCUACUCCCCUAGUUCUAUCAGAGUCAACUCCCCUAGUUCUAUCAGAGUCUACUCCCCUUGUUCUAUCAGAGUCUACUCCCCUAGUUCUAUCAGAGUCAACUCCCCUUGUUCUAUCAGAGUCUACUCCCCUAGUUCUAUCAGAGUCAACUCCCCUUGUUCUAUCAGAGUCUACUCCCCUAGUUCUAUCAGAGUCAACUCCCCUUGUUCUAUCAGAGUCAACUCCCCUAGUUCUAUCAGAGUCAACUCCCCUUGUUCUAUCAGAGUCUACUCCCCUUGUUCUAUCAGAGUCAACUCCCCUUGUUCUAUCAGAGUCUACUCCCCUAGUUCUAUCAGAGUCUACUCCCCUAGUUCUAUCAGAGUCAACUCCCCUUGUUCUAUCAGAGUCAACUCCCCUUGUUCUAUCAGAGUCAACUCCCCUUGUUCUAUCAGGGUCAACUCCCCUUGUUCUAUCAGGGUCAACUCCCCUUGUUCUAUCAGUCAACUCCCCUUGUUCUAUCAGAGUCAACUCCCCUAG